GGGUCAACCAUGCCUCGGAUCAAGACUGUGCAUUCGAAGGUUACAAAGGCUCCACGUCGUCCUUUUGAGAAGGAGCGUCUCGACCAGGAGCUAAAACUCAUUGGAGAGUUCAAUUUGAAGAACAAACGUGAAGUUUGGCGCGUAAAGUACACACUGGCAAAGGUGCGCAAGGCUGCUCGAGAGUUGCUCACAUUGGAAGAAAAAGAUCCCAAACGACUUUUCGAAGGAAAUGCUCUUCUUCGCCGUCUUGUACGUAUUGGAGUGCUUCCUGAGGAUCGAAUGAAGCUCGAUUACAUUCUCGGUCUUCUGUGGAAGAUUUCCUCGAGAGACGUUUGCAGACGCAGGUUUUCAAGUUGGGAUUGGCAAAAUCCAUUCAUCACGCCGGUGUCCUAA